GUGGCGUGCACAACGUUCAAAUUGGUCGGUGGCGUAAAUAAACUUGGCAAAAGAAGCAAUAAAGAAAGGCGCGCGUAUAAAUAAACCGCGAGUAAAUGUGUAGAAUUUUGCGUUAAGUGCGCAAAGGGAACGAUAAACAAAUGACAGCCAUGGAUGUGACACCACCCAGUGGUGGCGGUGGCGGCACCGCAAUUGCAAUGGAGCCAACCACGGGCAAACUCGCUGAAGAUCCGCAGGAUCAUACGCUGGAUGCCAUACUGAAGCACAUUGGCCAAUUUGGGCGCUUUCAGUUAAUGAUCUUCAUGCUCAUCUGCCUGCCCAUGAUGUUUCACGCCAUGUUCUCCGUAACUUACGUCUUUACGGCCGGCACAGUGGUGCACAGAUGUAACAUUACAGAAUGUGAUAGGCCGGACAGUCGGUAUGAGGAGCCGUGGACACAGUUUAGCAUACCCAAGCGGGGCAACGAUCUGGACAAGUGCACACGCUAUGGCAACGACAAGCUGACCAACUGGAAUCAUUCGCUCAACAUUUGCCUAGCUGAGAACUAUGACCAAACGUCCAUUGAGAGCUGCCCCCACGACAGUUUCAUAUUCCGCGACGAAGAGGUUACCAUUUCCAAUGACUUUGGCAUUUACUGCGAUGAUGAAUGGAAAUUAUCACUUGUGGGCACCAUUAAUAAUCUUGGACAAUUCUUUGGCAUACCGCUAGGUGGUUUCUUAGCAGACCGUUAUGGACGCAGCUUUUCCAUUGCCUUGGGCGGCAUUUUGGGCGCAGUGCUGGGCAUUGUGCGCUCCUACUCACCGAGCUAUGUGUGGUUCCUAAUCUUUGAGUUCCUGGACAACAUGACCAGCAGCACUUUGUACUCCACAUGCUUUGUUAUUGGCAUUGAAUUGGUGGGACCUAGGCGGCGUGUUGUCGCCUGCAGCGUCAUUACCAUCUUCUAUGCCGUCGGUGAAGUUGCGCUGGCCAUGUUUGCCAAGUACUUCCCGGACUGGCGCAUACUGCUGCGCAUUACCUAUAUACCAUCCUUGAUACUGCUCACCUACUUUUGGAUCUUACCCGAGAGCGUGCGCUGGUUGCUCAGCAUGGGCAAGGAGGAGCGCGCCAAGGCAAUUCUGCGGCGAGCUGCCAAGGUGAACAAGCGCAAGUUGUCGGAGAGUGCGCUGGACAAGCUGGUCAUUGCCAAUCGGGACAAGCUGCAGCAGUCGACGGAGAGCAAGUUCCCUAUACGUUUAGCCUUCAGCAACUUUAAGUGGCGCAUUGCCAACUGCUCGCUCUGCUGGAUCGUGCAUGUGCUCGUCUACUACGGUCUCAGCCUGAAUGUGGUGCUGCUCGAUGGCGACAAGUACAAUAAUUUUGCCUACAUAGCGCUCGUCGAGAUUCCCGGCUUCUUCUUGCCGCUGCUCAUAAUGGAUCGCAUUGGCAGACGCUACUCGCUGUUCUCACUAAUGUUGCUCAGCGCUCUCUGCUGCAUUGGCACCAUCUUUGCCGCCAACCAUCAGCUGCUGCAGCUCAUACUGUUCCUGGUGGGCAAACUUACCAUUACAGCCAGCUUCCAGGUGCUCUACUUCUUUGCCUCCGAAAUCUUUCCCACAAAUCUGCGCAACAGUUUGCUCAGCUUUUGCUCUAUGAUGGGCAGAUUCGGAUCCAUGCUGGCACCACAGACGCCACUGCUGGCCAAGUAUUAUACCAAUGCACCCGCCAUACUCUUUGCCAGCGCUGCCAUAUUGAGUGGUUGCCUAUCGCUCUUCUUCCCCGAGACCACAAACACCACAUUGCCCACCACGCUGGAGGAAGCAGACGCCAUAGGCAUUAAGAAGAAACCCUCCAAGGCGCAGGACCUAAAUGUACCGACUACUAUCGCAGCUUCUUAGCUCUAAGCAUAAUCAUAAGCAAGCCAGCCAAGACAAUACAAAGUUUAAAAGACAUACUCUGUCUAUGCAUUAUAUAUAGAUAUCUAAUAAUAGAUAUUAUCUAUACAGUAUACAUAUUAUGUACAAA